GUGUGAGUGCGAUGCGAUCGGACCGGAGCGACGGCAGUCGGUACGCGGACACUAGACACGUUGCGCGCUCGAUCCACCACCGGACACCAACCCGGCGUCGCGCCAGACAUCGUGUCGCAGGGUCGAACCGAUAAAUUAACGUCGCGUUGACAAUACAUGCACGGCCGUUGUCGCGUCUGCGAUGCUGCAGAACUACUGUCACCCGUAUCGCCACCGAACGUCACGCCGCGGCCAGGGUUGCACGUAUACAAUUUUAAUAUCGAAUAGCUGUCGGAUAUAAAGAUGCGAUUCAUUUUGGAUACUGCAAGAACGAACUAAGAGAGGAGGAACGGUGGUGAUGAUUGGUGCGCCCAACCUUCGAAAUCCUGGACCUAACGGGACCUUGACCAAUGGCAGUAGAGCGUUUCAAUGCCAUCCGGAAGGAGAAUCCGAGGCUACCAUAACACUGACACUCGUUGGCUUGGGCAUAGUUGCAAACACCGUGCUUAUGGCUCUCAUAAUAUUCAACAAACAUCUGCGAAGGUGGUCGCAAGGACUAUUAUUCCACCAAGCGAUGGUGGACUGCGCAAGGGCGGCCAUAUUGAUACCGUUGGCGCACAGCCUCCUUUAUUGUGUGCCGGUGAAAAAAUGUAGCCUGGUCGAAACAGCGUUCCUGUUGCUGGUCACUGUUUCUACGAUAAACAUGCUGACAAUCGUCCUCAACGAUUCGCCGGUGUUUCCGGAGGAUGACGAAGAAGAUGGCUAUCAGGUGUCUUCGGUGCCACUGUUGUUGGACUCGCCACAGUGCGUCGUCUUCGGCACGUUCAUGAUAUGGUUCGCGGCCAUCACCAUCAACCUGGGCCCGACGUUCAUGAGCGGCGCGUUGGCCGCCGGCGCCGAGGUGACCAGGGACAAGCCAGGCUGUCCACUCGUGCACGGUCCAUUCCGGCACUACAUACUCAAUGCCCUGUGGAUAAUCAUCAAUCUGCUGUGCGUGCUGCUCACGCUGUUCCACUUGCGCAAGCUGCACAGGGACCUGACCAAGGCCAACGUGGAAGCUGUCAGGGUGGCUGGACUGGUCACCACGUUGGUAAACGUAACCGGCAACAAUUACUCGGACCCGCGGCAUGCACCGAGGAGAAGUUUGGGUGCGGUGGAAGAGCACCAGAGGAUGCGCAACUACUUGUUGCGCAUUGAAAGGGAAGGAGUCCAAAAGGUUAAGAUGUUCGUGGUCAUCACUGCGGCAUAUGUGAUCUUCUGGGGACCGCUAUUUUUUGUCACGUUGGUACAACAUCCGCUAUCCGGCAAUCGUUCCGACUACGAGGUGACGCUGCAUGUGGCCAAUGGCCAUUCGUUCGUCAACGCCAUGCUGUUCCUGGUGCUGCACCGGGGACUCCGUCAAGCGGCCGCCGACGCUUGCUGCACCAGCAUGUCAACGGUGGCCAGGUGGCUGACGGCCGGGUGGUCGCCGGAACCGUACACGCUGGACGCAUCGUUGCCGGGCAUGUCGCCCGAGCCCGUGUUAGCUGCUCCGCCGCCACCGCCGCCCACCAGUCUGCCGGCGUACACCAUUCGGCACACUUCGAUGAGGACUCGGUCGAUGAAUCGAUUCCCAGCGGCGCACCACCGGGACCUGCACUACGACUACCAUUCGUCGCAUCCCAACCUGCACGACAUGUCAGGCAUCAACAUGGGCCGGUUGUACAACAGUCACGAGUAUCUGCCGAACGAUUAUCGCCGAUACAACCACUACUACCACCACCGGGAAACGCCGCCGUGCUCGUCGCCCGAAUGAUUUUAUUUCGCGUCAUCGUCGUCAUCAUCGUCGUUGUCGUCGUCGUCGUCGUCGUUGUCUUUCCCGCGUGUUCGUACCGUUCCCGUUUCGCGGCCGCCGUGCCGUCGUCACCUGAAUAAAUCGUAAAAAUAAAAUCCAUAAAAAAUAAAUAAAUCUUCCGAAAUCAUUCUUCCGCGCGCGAGCGUGUCUAGGACUCGGGAGGCGGCAGUGGCGGGCGGCGGUAGGGUCGGAGGUGGCGCGUGUGGGUGGGCUGGCGGGUCGGUCAUAUAUAGCGGGCCCCCCGACUACGAGAGGAUUUCGCCCACCCUCGACUCACCGACCGCCACCGGGACUUCGGCGGCGGCGGAUAUCGAACGAACGACCGCGACAGACCGACCGACCGACCGACCGGCGGCGAACCGAAAAUCCGCUCGCAGAACGAAGUGGGCACAACUGCACUCAGAUAUUAUUAUACGUACGCUGUCAUAAUUAUUAUACCAUAUCGUCUUUACGUGGUACAACAAUAAUUGUUUCCGCGUAUUUAUAAUAAUAUACCGACUACGACCAAUUUACAAAUAGGUUGGUGUCUACCUGUACAUCAAUCUUCUCGAGUUCCAUAUCGUUCCAAGCGUUUGUUUUUCGAAUUUAUCUCACACGCCGCGCCACCGCCACCCCGGACCUCCCCUUUCAACACCACCCUCCGUAUCCACACUCAGCCACUUUGGCCUACUUUUCGACCACCGUCGCCGUCGUCCCCGGAAAUACCGCUCACCGGGCGCUCAGCCUGUUUUCGAAUAUACGUUUUUGUGCUAGCACGUUCUCAUCAUUAUUUUUUACUUUAUUAUAUACAUUAUAUUAUAUUAUAAAAAAAACCAUUACCAUUAUUAUUAUAUUAUUAUUAUUAUUAUUAUUAUUAUUAUUAUUGUAUGUCUAUUAUAUUGUGUCCGUGAUUUACGUUUUUUGUGAAACAUCAAAGUAAAACAUCUAUAUCUAUAUACACUUGA